AUGCCAGGCACAGCGUACGAUCCGCGGGAGUCGUCUGUGCGAGACAGGGACCGAGACAGGCACAGGCGGAGAGACGCCAGAGACCGAGAGAGGGACCGCAGCCAGAGCGAGGACGAAGACACGGAGGAUGAAUCGACGGCGGAUGAGAGAGAGAAGGAAAAGGACCGCGAGCGCGAGAGGGAGCGUGAGAGAGACAGGGACCGCGUUAGGCAGCGUCGUCAUCGCGGCAGCUAUCUGUCCCGCGACAACGCGCCGCCACCGCCGCAGCAGCCAGAAUCGCCGCCCAGCCGCCGUAUAAGCUUGACGGAACGCCUCAAAGGGACAUUUUUACGCAGAAACUCCGUGAAUGCGGACAACGGGCCGCACUCGCCCACCGCGCGACGCGGUUCUUCGAACGCGGCCGGCGCGGCAGCGGGCGGGCUAUCCGCCAACAAAGCAUCGCCCAUCCUGCGCAUCCGCGAGUGGCUAGACACGUGCAACAGCCAGCACGGGCGGCACUGUAGCGGCGAUAUCAACUCGCCUUCAGUACCGAACACGUUUCACCCGCAGUUUCUCAUUAACGCUGCCGAAAAGCGGCUGGUGCGGGCCCAGCCCGACGACCGGUACAUCGCGUUGAGCUACGUCUGGGGCCCAGGCGUGCGUGCCGCCGGCGCCGGCGGGCUGGAUGCGCCGGCGCAGCUGAUCAAGUCGAAUCUGGACGAGUGGCUCAUCGCGCUGCCCGAGCACAACGUGCCGCAAACGAUUGCGGACGCUAUCUGGCUGGCGCGCAAGCUUGGGCUGCGCCACAUCUGGAUCGACCGCAUGUGCAUCAUACAGGACGAUGAGGCCUUCAAGGAGAACCAUAUCCGCCACAUGGCGUACGUCUUCGCCAACGCGUACCUGACCAUCGUCGCGGCGCACAACGACGUCAACACGGGCCUGCUGCCGCUCAACACGCGGCGACCGAGCCGGCCACCUCGCGUGGGUGGUGGCAGCAGCGGCCCGGAUCACAACGAGCUGCUGCUGGCGUCGCGCUGGAACACUCGCGGCUGGACGCUGCAGGAGCUGCUAUACUCACGACGUGCCGUCUUCUUCUUCGAGGAGGCUGUAACGUGGGAGUGCCACUGCGACCUGUGGCAGGGAGCCGCCGGCAGCAGCAGCAACGGCGGCGCGUUUGGCCGCAGUGGCGCGUGGAAGGGCAAGAAGCCCGCGUGCACCAACCGAGUCUCCUCCGCGGCGCUCGGCUUCCAGCACGCGCCGUGGCCCGACAUGGACGAGUACGCGCGCGUGGCGGCCGACUACAGCGCGCGGCGGGUGACGCAGGUCGACGACACGCUGCGGGCGUUUUCGGGCAUCACGACGGCACUGACGAGCGUGUUCAUGGGCGGCUUCGUGUACGGUAUGCCGCUCCUGUUCCUGGACGCGGCGCUGCUGUGGCGCCCGCAGGCGUCGAUCCGGCGGCGCCCGCUGUCGCGCCCGCCGUUCCUGCCCUCGUGGUCCUGGAUGGGCUGGUGGUUCGACGGCGUGCGCGUCGACCUGACCCUGUGGAAGGCGGCGGCCGACUACGUCGAGGCCACGCGGGCCGCGGGCAAGCACGGCCAGCCGGCGCGGAGGUUCCAGGCGCCGAGCGCGUUCCGCAUCAAGCCGACGGUGGUGUGGCACCUGAGCGACCGCGCGACGAGCGUGCCGGUGCCGAACGGCGGUUUCCGGCACAGGGACCUGCGAUCGCGGCGGCACUCGUCGAGCGCGCACGCAGCCGCGGCGGAGCUGCCGCCGGGGUGGUCCCGCCAGGGCGCGCACUUUGUGCACGAUAGCGACGAGGACACCCUCUUCCGGUACCCGGUGCCGAUUGAGGAACUGCCGGAAGACGAGGACGAGUCGUUGCCGCUGCCGCCGCCGGGCGAGCAGGCGUUUCCUGGUCCGCUGCUCGCGUUCCGCACGACAUCGAGCAUCUUUGACGUCGACUUUGCGGUGACGCUGGUGCCGAAGGACGCGGUGAACCCUCCGGUGGCGGUCGGCAGCAUCUGGGGCCGCGGGCGGCGGUGGAUCGGCGAGUUCCGCGCGCACGACGGCUGGCUGGGCAUCCAGUCGUCUAACUACGACGGCGACGAGAAGCUCGAGUUCAUUGCCAUCUCGUCGACGCUGGAGCGCGGCGGGUCGCUCGUUUUCCCGCCGGACCGGUACGCGGAGCACGCGGACUCGAGGGGCUACCUGGAGGUGGUCAACGUCCUGUGGAUCGAGCGCAUUUUGGGCGUGGCGUAUAGAAGGGGCAUUGGGCACGUUUUGCACAAAGCGUGGGAGGCGCAUGCAGUGGACGAGGUUGACAUUUUGCUUGGAUAA